AUGGAUGGACAUAGUUCUGAUCACAAUGAUUCUGAUUCUGGUGAAAGUUGGACCAUUCUGGAGCAUUCGCCUAUAUAUGCGCAAGAUGCACCGGAUUUUCCAGAUGAUCCGAAUGAAAGACACUCAAAUAUAAAUAACGAAAAGGAUGAAGACACUGAUGGUAUAUCAAUCAUUAGCGAUAGCGAACAUGAUAUCCCCAUAAUUCGUGAAAAUAUACAAGAAUGUAACGAGUCAGAAGGAUAUCCAACUGAAAAACAAAUUCCCACAUAUGUUUCGUCUUCUCCACAUGUUACAGAUAUUGAUGAAGAUGUUAACUUUGAUGAAUCUGUAAGGGCUGAUGAUGAUUUUCUUAUGGACAGUAAUGGCAAACUCAAAACUUAUGUUCACCGAAGAAAUAAGAGAUUGAGCACUGUUCUUAAUAUUAUUAUGCUGGGUAGUGUUAUAACAGCAGCAGGUGUGGCAAUUGGCCAUAUGUGGGGUGCUAAAAAUGAUUGCACUGUGCAUUCUACACCAACAGUAAAUAAAAUUUUAUCUAAUCUGUACAAGUUGCAAGAAGAAAAUGCUUAUUUAAGAAACAAACUUAAAGAGCUCACAUUACUAAGUACCUAUCAAAUGCAACAGCAAAAGAUGCCAUUGAAACAACAAAGAUGCAAAAAAGUUUUCGAAGAACCCUUAAACAGUAAAAAUGCAAACAAACUUACAAAAUGUCUAGAUACCAAAAAUAAUGAUGAUGAAAAGUUUCUUGAAAGUCAUUUAGUAGAACCCUUAUUUGAAAAAGAACUUAUAAUUGAAAUUGACAAACUUAAGAAUGUAUAUCAACAAAAUAAAAGUUGGUUGGAUGAUGAAAUUGCAAGAAGAAUUAAAUAUGAGGAAAAGCACUUGAAAAAUGUUAAACGUCGUGGAAAAGCUACAAAGCUAAAUAAAGUACGUGAAAACAAAGUUUUUUCUGUAGAACACACUAAAUUACCACUCCUAGAGAAGAAAGAUGAUUUAAUUAAACCAACAACACAACCUCUACCUAUUGAUUUACCAAACAGUAAUGAAACCGAAUUGCACAUAGACAGAAAGAUAUCAUAUGCAGAUUCUCUUAAAACUGGAGAAAAGAGUAAAAAUGUACAAAAGCGAGAAAUAGAUACAACAUCAAUUAGUGAAUUCAAUCAACAUAUUAUUAGGAAAAGAAUGAAGAAGGACCAUGAACAUAAUAUUGAACAAAUUGUAAGUGAGGAUGAAAUUAAAAAAGAUGACAGGUAUAAUUGCCGCAAAUGCAAAAAUAAUAAGAAGAAUGAUAAAUGGCGUAAAAAGCAAAAGAGGAAGUAUAAGUAUGAACAAUUUGAGAUAAAUAGUCAAACUAAAGAUUAUGACGAUUCCCGUGUAACAUUUGAAGAAAGCGGCAAGUUUAACAAGAUUUUGGAAAAAUCAGCCAAAGCUAGAAGUUUUAAAGAAAGCAAAUAUAAAACUGAUAUUUUAGACAAUUAUAAAGCAAAUUCAAACGAAGAAAAAAACACCUCGCAACAGAAUGUACAAAAUGAAAAUAUGACUGAAGAACAGGGUAACUUAAGCAACUGGUAUGAAAAAAAAGCAUUUCUUCGAAACGAAUACAGAAAAAAAUUUGAAAAAGAAUUGUUGGAGGAGAAAAGUACAAAUGAUUUCGGAUGGUAUUUCCGUCGUAUGAAAAGGCGCGAACAAUGUCGUGCAAAAGCUAACAAUGGUACCCACAAAAAGGCGUCUAAUCUUAACAUGAAUAUUAAAAAGAAAUAUUAA